AUGGCACCUACACUCUUUACUGUGACAUUCUUUUCACUGGCUUUGACCUCGCUGGCCGAGGCAUACAAUGUUCUCCACACCGUGGAAAAUGCUACUGGUACUUUUUAUUAUGAUUAUGGGUACGAGUCCACCGGAGAUCGCUGUUCUGGACGGGGUUCUGGUGCAGGGACGCUCUCUGCGGUACCUCAUUGUGAGAACAAUGGUCCGUCAUACUCAGACUUGGGUACGAAUCGAAUAGUGGCAAUGAACCGAUCGAUGGUUAAUGGCGAUUUGAGCGCAUGGUGCGGCAAAGAAGUGAAAGUCUUUCUAAGUAAUGGAAGCGAAGUCGAGUACAAGGAACCGCUCGUCUUAUGGGACGUUUGUGAAGCCGCCGAGACAGCACCGAUUAUCGACUUUAGCGUCGAUUUCUACCUCAAUCUCAUGGAAAACGGAGACUGCAUGUCUAAUAACGGUAACAACCCCGCUGGUUUGAAAAUCCAGAUUGUCGACAACCAGAUUUGGGCGCCCGCUCCGGGAUCGGACUCCUAUUCCCCCACAGCCGCUUCAACCCUCUAUUCGGGUGGUGGAUACAACGGAAUCAAUCCUAAGAACACUGAGAUUCCAGCUUGGGGCGAUGGAAAGGGGGUCGACAAGGCGGGACAGAUACCCUUGACGGUCGCAACGGCUGCUGCGACCACUAUCAAAACGACCUCAGCUGGAGCAGUAUCCAAUGAGCAAGUAGCAAGUUCGGGGGCAGCACAAUCAUCUACGAGUGUUUUAGGGGCUGUUCAAACUUCUACGACUCUGGAUGGUACAUGCACCAAAGGCCAGCAGAAGUGCGAGAACAACCAGCUGUUUAUCUGCAAUUACAUCUCCAACAGCGCUGGUGGGCUGAGUGAGUUUUGGAGGUGGAUUUGGAAGGGUGACGGCUGA